GCAGUUUGAUACUCAAAAAACCUGUUUCUGUUUUCUGUUACAGAGUAGAGUACAGACAUCAUUCGCCGUCAGUUGAAUUGAAACGAAAAUACGUCGCGCGCGGUUAAAGUAUGCGCAUCGUGGUUCCCAUAAGAAUCAUUGUUUGCGUUUUCCCACUUCUUAAAACAUAGGUAGUAAAGUUACCGCUACGUGUUAAUUAAAUAUUUAUUUACAGUUACCUAAAAGUGUAUCAAAAGUUUUGUUUUCAUUUUUCAAAAAUACGUACACGAAGGUGUGUCUAUCGUAGAAGGUUCGAAUUUCGAAUUGUGAGUGAACACUGGUGCAUUCACGUGAAAAAUAAUGAAAUGUGAUUGUGCAUAGCUUUAUUGGCUAUAGAGAUGUUACUUGUAUGUAAAUUAAUUCCAAAUCAAUUACUGUUUUAUACCCGAGUGAUUUGUGUCUGGUUGCGAGACUAGUUCUCAAGUAAACAUGUGCUCAAUAGUGGUGAGAAUAAGCACCAGAUCCUGAUGUAUACAAGCGCUGACGAGAUAGGCUGAGUCAUGCAGCCAUGGCCAGCGGCAAGGCUCUGUACUCUGUGACCGUGGUGGUGCUUGGGUUCAUCUGUUUUAUCGUUGGGGCUGUAGCAGUGGGCCUGCCUGCCUGGGGACACUUUUAUAGCUUCGAGAACCCAAACUACGACCAAGGCUACUUCGGACCAUGGCGCCUUUGCAAGAGGCUACUGUACUACAGGGAGAAAUGCGGCACGGACGUCUCCAAGUUCCGACCGUCGACGGCAGUGUACAUGGCGGGCGUGGUUGCGGUGAUCGGCGUGUCCGUGCUCGGCGUGUUCUGCAUACUGUCGGUGAUGCAGCUGGCCAUGAUCUCCUCGAAGGAGCGCGUCGGCCUCAAGUACACGCACCUCGUCAUGACGAAACUCGCCUUGGCGCUGCUGGCAACGUUGCUGUCAAUCGCCGCGGCCGGAUUAUUUGCUGUGCAAGGCGAUGACAAGGGAUUCUACCUUGUUAGAGGAGAAGCUUUUUAUGUACAGAUAGUAUGCAUAGUGAUAAAUUCGGCGUUGUUCAUAAUGUCACUGUAUGACACUCUGUUCGCACGCCGGGUGGGGGGUGACCCCACCAACCCCUUGGGCGGACCGGAAAAUGGCACCACUAUCAACAACCCUGGAUUCAAAGAAGGCAGAGGCAUAUCGAUGACGGACGCAUCAGGCAAGCCUUACAGCACAAAUGGCCACGGAAGCGUAGCAUCCAUGAACACAACAGCCACAACCCUAACUGGACUCUCUGGAUUAUCUGAUGCCAGCACAAUAACCAGGUCUCCACUCCGAUCCUCACUGAAGAAGCCCAGACCGAAGGAAGGUGAGCCUGGUGGAAUGGGGAUACAGAACCCUGGUUACUCGGGCCACUCGCCUCCUUUAGGCAGAAACGGUAGCCAGAAAAAGGUACGGAUACAAACGCAUAGUACCGAAGUCUGAUUUUCACUAAGUCUGUUACAUAUUUUAUAAUAAAUUAUACCCCAUAAUGUACAUAAAUGUAAACAAACCCUUUAGUCCAGAGCCAAAGUGGUGAUUUGGAUAUUGGGUUCUCUUAUAACAGCCAAAAUACCACUACUUCAGUGUCUAAAACUGAAUGAUAGCCACCAAGCUCAUUUGACUUGAUUGGUUAUACAUUGCAGCUUUUCUGAGUGAUAAUAAAAUAUUUUUCUUAGAAAACCUUCAAUGGAUUGAAAAUGAGCCUGGUGGUUAUCAUUGAGUAAGCGAAUCACUCUGGUGCCAACCAGAGAAACCAGAUAAAAGGAAGGGAAAGUGGGUGUUUUGGAUAUUUUAAAUUCAGAUGUACAGAAGUCUGAUUUUUCGUGGAAUGCCAUUAUAAUUUCCCCUUCAAUAAAUAUGGGAUUUUAGGAACUUUAAGUACCUUCGAAAGCAAUUUUCAAGAAAUUGAUGCAUUUUCAAAACUGCUAUAACGAUUGUAAAUCUAUGAUGACCCCUAGAGGCCUAUGAUUUGACUAACUUUAAAAAAAAAAUGUACUUUUUUGCUACUUAAUUUAUUUUUCAUCUAAAAAAAUCUUCCUUUGGAAAAGAAAUCUUUUACAAAAUGUUUAAAAACAUUUUCUAGGCUGGACCCCAGCCUUUUAGCUAGGUGACGAGAAUGAUGACAUUAUAAAAUAUUUAUUUUAAAGAAAAGGAUAAAAUAAACCAUUUUUUGUAUCAAGUAAUUAAUAAAAAACUAGCACAAGUUUUAGACACAAAUAAAUUUUUAUUAUAUACUCAUUUGCUUACUUAAGAUAAUAUAUAUUUAAAUAUCUAAACUUUUAACCCAUUUUAUUUACUUUAACACAAUCUACUUUUACAAUUGUGAAAAUGUUAAGGAUUUCCGAAAUAGGAACUAAACUUAAUGAACUGACCCUUACUAAUACAUAUAAAAUUACACUAUGCCUAUACAUGGAUUUUACAUUAUAAUUGUUUGACAAAAAAUGUUUUUACAUAUAAGCUAUCUAAGCAGCAUGAAAUAAAAACAUUUAUUAGUAAAGGGCAAUAUAAACUAAACAAUAAAAUAGUCAUUAGAUAAAAUUAACAAUAAUUUACAAAUAAGCUUCUUAAAAUUACAAUAUUUUUACAACAAUAAUAUACAAUAUUGUAAAAAACACAUGCUGAUUUAGUACUAAGCGUAAAAUUUAUUUUAUGUUAUUCCAUUAUAAGUAGUGAAAAAUUGACUAGAUAAUAGAUUAUAAACUUUAAUAUUUUUUUAUUUAGUAGAUUUAAGUUUAUGUAUAUUUUGUUUGAACAUAGUUCUGAAUAUUUUUUGUGUAGUUGUACACAUUGUAUAAAAAAUCAGGCACAAAGUGUAUAAAGGAAAAAAAAUAUUUCUACAAUUUCACUGGAGUAUUUGGUUAUUUUUAAAAAGAUCAACUUUUCUGGUGUCUGAAUAGUUAAGGGGGUUCCAAAUCCCACCCAGUUAAAGUAACGUCGCAAUAACUAUAGGCAGUAAUCUGUAGACUUUGCUUAAACUUAAGGCAGAGUUAAAACGAGACAGAUUAAUAUCUCUGCAUAUAUUUGUCUCGUUUUAACUCUGUCUUAAGUCUGAGCUUACUCAAAGUGCUCUCUAGAUCUCAGCCUAGUUCAAAAAAGACAGAGUUAUGUCUCUACAUAAAUAUGUCUUGUUUUAAGUUUGAGCAGAGUCAAAAUACACUCCAUUUAAUACUUUAGUCUAUAGAUAACAGCCUUGGUAUGAGCUUUAUGCUAAUUUGGAAGGGAAAGGAAACUGUUUGUUAUGUUUAACAUGAUUUAAUCUUUCUCUUGUUUUUGUCGUGAAAAUUAAAAAAAAAAACAAUAAUACAUAUAAAGUCUAUGGUUACUUAGUUAUAAAUUCUUGAAAAUAGCCAAAUAUUCUAUGUUUUAUGUAAUCAUGCUACAUUAAAAUCUCGUUCAUUUACAUAAGAAUAUGUUGCAAUAUAGGUAGUUAGUUUAAAAAAAAGUAUGUGUGGUCUAAACCUUAGAUUAAGGAAUUGACUAAACCCUGUCUACUUUUGUCAAAAGUUAGGUUGAAACUGACAUUAAAUAGAUAUAGAAUAUAC